CUCUCCUCUCUCCCCAGGGCUGCUGCUGUCCAGUUGCUUCGUUGGCCUGGGGGCACCUGGGGGUGGGCUGUGCACAGAACCGAGCCGGAGCCCGUGAUGGUGGGAGCCAUCCCCCGGCAGCCGCGCCGCUUCUGGGGAGUGGCCGGGUGGCAGGUGUCCCCAGCCAGCUUCACCAGUCACCGUCGGCCGCUGCAGCAGGAGGACACGCCGGCCAGGGGACGGGACCCCGUGCAGUGGGAUGUGGCUCUGCAGCCCACUUCCUAGCAGGGGAUUCGGCCGGACGCCCUGACCACGCAGCACUUUAGCGCCUGUCCUCCCCCUCGGCCCCAUGAGGCACCUGAGUGCUGAGCCUGGACUUCCCUGCAAGCAGAGCACAGGCCUGAGCCAGGAGCAGCAACAGCAGCAGCAGGAGGAGGAAGAGGAGGAGGAGGAGGAGGAGCAGCAGCCGCCGCAGCAGCCCUGGAAGCACCAUGGCCUCCGGAUGGGCUGCAGUCCGCCAGAGCUGGGCAGCCAGAAGGUCUACCAGGUCUCCAUCUUUUCUCCCCGGGGCAGCGGCUCUGCCCUCCCGCAGCACAGGGGCCCCCGACGGCAGCCCAUCAAGCGGGCCUGCCCGGAGCCCCGGUGGGUGGCUGAGGGCGGCGAGUGGGAUGCCAAGAGGGGCCACUGGGGGACGGCGGAGGAGGAGGAGGAGGAGGAGGAGGCGACCAUCGAGGAUGGGCUUCUGGUGGACGGGCUGGCCCUGGGGGGCGCCGCCCAGCACUUCUCCCACAGCGGCCUGCGAGUCGUAGAGCACCGGCAGGAGGUUGGUCCCGGCCAGCGCGGAGGCCGGGAGCCUGGAGCUGCUGAGGACCGGGGGGCAGCCCUGCUGGCACCCGGCAGGCUUUGCGCCACUUUGCACACGAGAGACUCAGCCCCCGCCUUGUGGGGGGAGCAGCCCGCCAUGGACUCCAGGCCAGAAAAGAACGGAGGGCCCCGUUUCACACACGACCACGAUUUGCACAGCCCGCCGUCCCCGUCCCCCCCGCGAGGGCCGCCGUCCCCGGAGGCCCAGGCCCCCAACACUCCACCCAAGGCCCCCAGCCUCAGCAGCGCCAAUGGGCUCUGCUCGGCCGAGAAGACGCCCUGCUCCAGCGGCCAGCUCUCAGGAGGCGGCCCAGCCAGCUGCCCGGCCAAGAGGAAGCUGCUGCCCUCGGUUGAAGGGAGGGCAACCGCCACCGGCCUGGAGGAAGAGAGCCUUCUACCAGCACGCAAAAAGAGGGCCCUGCACUCCCCCGCCAUGCCAGCCUCCUGCCGCAGUACCGAUGCCAAGGGCGCCCCCUUCUGGAACCACCUCCUUCCCGCAGCCAAGGGCUCAGCAAGCGGCAGGACGGGCGCUUCCCAGUUGAGACCGGGGCUGCACCUCAAACCCAGGAGGAGGCAGCUGCGCAGCAGCCCCGGAAGGGCCCUUGUGGGCAGGCGGCCCCCCAGCACCUCCACCAGCCACGCCCUUCUGGGGAAUUUUGAGGAGUCGAUGCUGAAGGGGCGUUUCCCACCGUCCGGCCGGAUCGAGGGCUUCACUGCAGAGAUCGGGGCCAGUGGCUCCUACUGCCCUCAGCACGCCACCCUGCCUGUGGAGGUCACCUACUUUGACAUAGCCGAGCACAACGCCCCCUCCCCGUUUCUGGGAGUCAUUGACUUGGAAGCCUUGGGAAAGAAGGGGUACAGCAUCCCCAGAACGGGCACCAUCCAAGUGACCUUAUUCAACCCCAAUAAGACGGUGGUCAAGAUGUUCCUGGUGACCUACGACUUCCACGACAUGCCUGCCAACCACGUCACCUUCCUGCGCCAUCGCAUCUUCCUGGUGCCGGUGGGUGAGGGGGAGGCCCCUGGCUCGGAUCUCGCAGGGCAGCCCAGGCGGGUCCUUUGCUAUCUGAUGCACCUGAGGUUCCACAGUUCCAAGUCGGGGAAGAUCUACCUGCACGACAACAUCCGGCUGCUCUUCUCGCGCAAGUCGAUCGAGAUGGACUCUGGGAUCCCUUACGAGCUGAAGUCCUUCACGGAACUGCCGCGCAACCCCUGCUACUCCCCCCGGGCUUGAAGGAGGGAGCGGCAGAGCCGCCGCCGCAGCAGCAGCACUUCGCCCGAGCCAGCGGUGGGGAAGGGGGCAGGGGGCUGCAGACUCUGGAGCAGGGAGACCCUCGCCUGGCCCAGAGCUGCCUUUCACUCAUUGGAUCCAGCCCAGCCGGGAUCACAAACGCAGCACAUCUGGUGGCUGGUACAAUUCUGUGCAGGGUGCAGGAGGCUGGGGGGGAGGGGAAGGAGAAGGGGGCGGGGGUUGCCCGAGGGGGAUGGGCUCCUGCUGGCUUUGGUAGGUGGGUGGGGAGGGGGCCUGGGCACUUGGGCCACUCGGAAGCAUGGGCAGAAGUGGGAGGUGGCCUUUUCCUCGGGGGACUUUGGGGGGGGGAGGAGCUCUUUUUAGGGACCGAGUUGGAUCACCAGGCAGGAGAGACUUCGGAGCCCAUCCAAGCUAGCUGAGAGAAGGGAGCUGACGAGGGCGCUGCGGGGGGAACAGGUCAAGCGUAAAUGAUCCCCUUUCCCAGGAGGCCACGAAAGCUGUAACUUGAUUCCAAGGACAGGUGAGGGGGGGGGUCUUUCCUCCCGGCUGCUGCUUCAGGCUGCCUCCACCCCUGGACCAGCUGUACAGAACCAGGCCCCAGGGUUGCCCAGGGAGGCUCAUGCUGGCCUGUCAGCCCCCAGCCCUGGUCCACACAGUGUGCGUGUGUGACCAAAAGAGAAUUGAUCUCUGGAUGCAUGAGGCAGGGCUUGUGAAUCAGUGUAAGUGUUUGCUUUGCCUGUGACCUGAACUAUCACCACCCCUGUGGGUGCUUCUGCCGAGGGCACCGACCAAGCUGGGGAUGGUAAGGCAGGAGGGGCUGUUUGAGGGGCCCGUGGAUAGCUUUGAAUCUGUUACCGUUUGAGUUGGACCAGUUUAGAAGGAAGGAAGCCUUGCUGUGAAGCCCAGGCCUGCUCCCUGUGGCCCCAAGCAUUAGGUUCCCCUGGUAUCGGUUUGGGUUGGGUUGCACCUCCUACGUUCUCGCUCAAAAGGGAGCAGGUGUGAUGAAAGGGGCUACAAUUACAGAGACUUGAAAAUAUUUAUAUUUAAAAGGAAAGAAAGAGAGUCAGGCAGAAAUGUAUGGGAUACUUUCUCCCUUCUCUUUCCUUUUUUUUUUUGGAACA